CAAAUGCACAGCCAGCAGCGCUCCUUUCAAAACACAACACAAAGCUCCAAGUCAAGACCAAGAUGGAUAUACGUUCAUUUUUUAAACCAAAAGAGAAACAGACACAAAACAUUGCCGAAGCUGCUGCCAAUGUGACAGUGAGUCGGAGGAGAGCGACUGCACCUGCAGCCACCGCGUCAGCGACCCGCCCAGUGUCUAACACCGGCUCACCUGAUGGUGCAGCCGGCCAUAUGAGUAGCGAUGACCCGGGAGGAGGAGGAGACUGCACUGCCGACCCCGGCGGGGCAGAACCAGAACGAGAUGCCCCCGGUCACCGUCCAGACAAGAUAACCAGCAGGCAGCUGGCCGAGCAGAGCCGCUUUGCCUUUGCAGCCCUGUGUGGGGUUUCUCUGGGGCAGUUAUUCACUGGAUCUGAAAAUAAUGCCUUCAGGGAGCAGUACCUGCGGGGUUUGGUGGGCUGGCUGGACCUGGACGAGUCGGUGAUGCCAGUGAUGGGCGCGUUCUUGUCAGGCCUCGGCUUCGAGGGCUCGGACACCUUUCUGUCCACCUUACAGGCGGAUCCACUGCUGGUUGCAGGAUCAACUCCAAUCAUACAGGAUCUGGUGACGUUCUCGGUGAAAGACGGCCAGUACGACGCCAGGUCCAGGGUCCUCAUCCGCCACGUGGGCUGUCUGCUCCGAGUUCCCCCGCAGCAGCUGGAGGAGUUCGAGGAGACGCUGGGAGAGAGGCUGAGGGAGGCGGGAGAGGAGAGCGAAGAGGAGUCUUCCAGGCGCCGGAGGAGAGAAAGAGGGCGAAAGUUACGACGUUACCUGCUAAUUGGACUGGCCACAGUGGGCGGAGGGACCGUGAUUGGUGUAACGGGUGGACUGGCUGCUCCUCUAGUGGCAGCGGGAGCCGGGGCCGUGCUGGGGGCCGGAGGGGCCGCGGCGCUGGGAUCGGCCGCCGGCAUCGCCAUAAUGGCCUCUCUGUUCGGAGCGGCAGGAGCCGGACUGACCGGAUAUAAGAUGAAUAAGUGCGUAGGGGCAAUAGAGGAGUUUGAAUUCCUCCCACUGAACUCUGGGAAGCAUCUUCACCUGACUAUCGCGGUCACAGGUUGGCUCUGCAGCGGUAAAUACAGCUCGUUCCAGGCCCCGUGGUGCAGCCUGGGCGAGUGCGGCGAGCAGUACUGCCUGGUGUGGGAGUCGCGCUUCCUCAGGGAUCUGGGCUCGGCCAUGACGUCUCUGCUGGACGGGCUGGUCAGCAUGGUGGCCCAGGAGGCCCUGAAGUACACCGUCCUCUCAGGCAUCGUGACGGCUCUGACGUGGCCCGCGUCGCUGCUGGCAGCGGCCAGCGUCAUCGACCACCCCUGGUGCGUGUGUCUGAAUCGCUCGGCGGAGGUGGGGAAACACCUGGCGCAGGUUUUGAGAAGCAGGCAGCAGGGGAAACGGCCCGUCAGCCUCAUAGGUUUCAGUCUCGGGGCCCGAGUGAUCUACUACUGUCUGCAGGAGCUCGCCAGCGAUCAAGGAAGUGAAGGAGUCGUGCAGGACGUGGUUCUGCUGGGAGCGCCGGUCGACGGCUCUGAGAAGGCCUGGGAGAGGGUGGCCACGGUAGUCGCUGGAAAAAUAGUGAAUGGAUACUGCAGGGGAGACUGGCUCCUGGGGUUCUUGUACCGCAGCUCGGCCGCUCAGCUCUCCGUCGCCGGGCUGCAGCCAAUCAACAUCCAGGAUCAACGCAUAAUCAAUGUGGAUCUCUCAUCUGUGUUCUGCAGAUCCGAGCUUCCGACGCCCACGCGCUCCCGGCAACCAGAUCGGGACACAGCUGCGAUUGAGUGCUCAGACUGAACCCCCCUCCCCGCUCCGAGCCCCUGUCUGCGAACCGGCGCAGGGAUCGGUGACGGACGGCUGGCGUCUCGCCCGGCGUGAGCUCUCCCGGGGCCCGGACGGCCGCGCGUCGGCGACCGGCGCAGAGAGGGAAGCACGGCGGAGAGACCGGUCCCCCCGCCGCGCCUAGGAAUGCGUGUGAGCCUCCGUUUUGGUCCGGAACCACGGCCCGGCACGAGGCGGCCCCGCCGCUGUCUAAUCCGUUUCAGGGGAAGGGACGGGACGCGAUAGCCUGACUGCGAAACCCCAGCAGGACCGCGAACCCAGUCGACAAACCCGCAGGCACCCGAUUCCGGAUCCCAGAGGAGACGUGAGCCCGCGUAGCAGUGAUCAGUAGGAUUUAAGAGUGUUCAGAACUGUGUGUGAGAUUGUGAGACCUGGGUGUAUGAGUUUAACUGGGAGUGUUACAGAGCUAAAUCUGUGUUCAGAGCUGAGAUUACACCACCAUCAUUAUAAGGACUGUUUUCAUUAAUUUGUAGUCACUACUUUCUGCUAGUCAUUCAUGUUUUAAAGCGCUGUUUUCUGCAGUUGAUCACGGUUUAACACCGGGAUCACCAUCCGUUCUAAUUGCACGUGGCCAAGAGGGCGCGUCCAUCUUUAAAAGACCACAGGAGCCCCGUUUGAACUGUAGAUGUUCUGUAUCUUCGUUAUUAUUGCUUGAUUUCUUUUCUUCUUCAUUCCAUGCAUUUAACGUUUAUGUUUCAUUUUAUUGAUUGUUGUUUUUCUUGUUAGUUAAUGGUUUUAUAAUAAUGUCGUGUGCCAUCAGAUUUAUUCGGGUAUUUAUUUACAUCCCUUUUGAUACCCGUAUGUAAAUAAACUCUGAUUGAUUUCGUUAUGAGUGGUUGUUAUUUCAUGCAAGAUUUGGUCACAAAUUGAUUUGUUUAAGCAGAGCCUAGUGUUCGGACAUCACGCCUUCACUGUUAUUCUGUAAGAUAUAGUAAGAUUUGCUGUUCUGCAGGAUAAUUCAAAUCAUAAUGAGACUGAUUUUCUGCUGUGUAGUUAUCAAAUUUCCCCCGGAGUAAGGCAUCGGGGGUGGUGCCCCGAGAAUGAUUAUCAUUUUGAUAAUUCAAAUUGAUAAAUAGUCCACUUUAUUAAUUAUUAAUAAUUCUUUAAUAGAAUUAUCAUUAGCCUUCGAUAACUGGACAGCCAAGCUACCCGAGACGCACAA